AUGUCGCAACCACCCACCUUCCAGCGUGAUCCUACGCAGGCAUCCAACGUCGUCGACUCAUCCGAGGUUUCUGAUCAAAACCAAGCAAAAGACACCUCUCAAGCCCCGGCCUUUGGCGGCCCCGGAGCCAAAGCGACCGCCCCCGAAACCUCCAAGCCUCACUCGAACAAGGUCCUGAACAAACUCGAUCCUCGGUUCGACAGUGACAUGUUGGAACAGCGCAACCAAGGGGAUAACAGUCGCAGUUGA